AUGGAUCUGAAUUUGAUUGUAACCAAAUUUCCGCAUCAUAAAAAUCAGCUUACUGUUUUGCCACAUAAUCCCGAAAAUCUGUUGGACAAUCAGAAUAAUUUCGAAGUCCCUGGUGGCGACAAAUUUUCGCUCCAGCAGAUGAAAAAACUGGAAUUAGCAGGAUUUUACUUGAACCAACUUCCAAUAUGUGAGAGUGAAAUUGAAAACUUCGAUUUGAACAGAAAACUGUACGACAGCAACAAGAAUCCUAAAGCCUUCCCACUCGCAAAUCUCUUUAUUCCAACUGCCGAGGGCGCGUACAUCGACCGCAUUAUUGUCAACAAGAAAAUUGACAAAUUUGCCCCUGACACAUUUGAGCGAACGAAGGCGUCAAUUUUAUUGCAGAUGAAGGAAAUAGAAUCUAACUUCAUUAAACUAAUUUCUGAACUUAAUGAGCCUCCAGCCAGGAAAAUACCAAUCAGUUUUGUCAUUUGGUCAAAAGCGAAGAUUGAAAAUGACGCCAGUGUGAAGAAAUUAAGCGACGACCUGAAUGAACAACUUAGCUCAGAGUCGAAAAUAAGCCCUUCAUUCGAAAUGAGAGCAGCUUGUGUUUUAACUAAUUACUCAAUUGAAGUUCGUCGCCAGGCAUUACUUCAACCGCUAAGCUCUUCUUUUCCUAAUCCUCUGCUUCAAACGCUUAUUCUCAAAGUUCCCUCCGAGACCCGAUUUGAAGUUACCCGAAGAAUCUUCAAUUGUGCGGUCUCGCAGCAAAUCACUCUAAGUAACGUGGAAAAUGCUCUCAAGCUGUUCAAAGCCUAUUUUCCUGGAACGGAAUGCAGUUUAGAAACUGUGCCUGAUUUCAAUAGAAUUUGUGACAACUUACUUGUUAAGUUAAACGAUUGUUCUCCUGCUGAUGCGGCGAAUCUUUAUUUGGGAGAAGUGAAAGAUUUCUGGGAGAAGGUGAUCUCUUUGGGUCGAAGUUCGAAUCCCUCUUUGCCAAUUUCUACAGUUUUGAACAAACUGUCAGACGAUAAAAGCUUACAGAAAAAGUGCACGAUGGAGAAGAUAGUUUACUUGUUUCUCAGGGGAAUUUCAAAUUUGCCUGAUGCUGAGUUGAAACAAAUUGCCGUAAAAUCGGUUAGGCUGGUGAUCGUUUUCACCAACACGACCAGAGCAGCUGUGCAAGCGUGCAUUGAUCUCAAAAAGAAAUCCUUGGAAAAGCUGAAAAUAUUAAGAAAUAAUCAAAUCUCAAUAAUGACAGCAGAAAAUGCAGAUAUUCUCAGUAAUGCAGCUGGAAAUCCUUAUUUGAGUUUGUUCGAGCUCAAUUCAGAUCUUCAACUAGAGGCGUCUGGAUUAAGCACCGACGAUUUAUUCAGCCCGGAAGUCGCGCCAGACUUGAAUUUGAGUGAGGAAAACUUUAAACUGAUAAAAUAUAUCGUCUCAAUUUUGUCUUUCUCGUAUCUACUCAGCCUGAACAACAGCCAGGCGAAUUGUGCUAUAGAUCCGCCUCUUGACUGCCCCUUAAGUGUAGACAAUCGAUUUUUGAAACAAACGAAAAACGUAACUCCUGGAACGUCACACCUGAACAUCAUCCUAAGUCCUCAGCAGCACAGGUUAUUAGAUGAGAACCCGGACAAUGUAUUCUUGGUGGGAGAACCGGGCACUGGAAAAACGGCGGUUUUGCUAGCAAAAGCCUUUUAUGCAGCACUGCACGAAGAUGACGUAGAACAUGUAAUUAUAAGUUUUCCGUCAGAAAAAACGGAUUUCAAAGAAUUCAUCAUCAACUUCUCCGAGACUCAAGAAAUUCCACACGAAGCGAAACGAAAACUUAAGUUUCUUACUUUGGAGGACUUGUCACACAUAGUCGAGCAUCCUUUGCACACUGACACUAAUUUGGAGUCGGCAGAGAAACUAUCUGUGAUAGAUUUGCAUAAAUCAAUAAUACUUAUUGACGAGUUGUAUUUCGAGUCAACUGACACGUUAACUGACCAAGACCAAUUGUAUCUGCGAGCUAUCGAAGCUUGUUACCACGCCAAAAAAACCUGGAUGACGAAUCUUAUGGCAGGACAACAUACAGUACAGAAGAAAAUGAAUCAGAAAAUAAUGCUGCCUAACUUCCAAAUCAAAACGCUCAAUGUUUCCUUUCGAAGUGCACAUCACAUCAGCACCUUCUCGACUAACUUUGUACACAGGUCUAAACAUGUAUCUCGGACUAGUGUUCGGAUUCCAGGAUGCUUAACGUCGACACAAACAAAAAUCGCACUGGAGAAACGAUAA